CUCUUUCAUUAGGAAUGUUAUGGAGAGGACCCUGUUCUGUUGGCAAAGGUUGUCGCUGCUCGACUGAAGCAGGAGAAGAUGAUACUAAACGCUGUUGUAGAGGAUCAGCAGACUGUCUCGGAUGCAAUUCAACCUGUGGACUUUGAAAGACACCAGGACAUCGAACAGAAAAUUACUGUCUUGAGAAGUGACGUGCAAACAUGUGAGCAGGAGUUGAAAUUCCUAGAGGAACAACAAGAUGAAUUUGAUUUCAAAUACAAGACUUUAAAGUGUCAAGAAUCGCAUAAUUCCCCUCAGGUACAGGAAGAAAUGAAAGUGCUACAGAACAUGCUAAAUAUUCUGGAUAAUGAUAGGAAAAAUGUCAUUGGUAAAUUCCGUGAGCUUUUGGUGGAAGCUGGGAAGCUACUGGACACACUGGUGAAAGAGCAGUUGGCAGACUGGAAGAGGCGCCAACAGAAGGCCUGCAUUGGUGCUCCUAUGGACGUUUGCUUGGAUCAACUGGAGAACUGGUUUACUGCCAGUGCACUGUGUUUGUUCCAAGUGAAAAGGUUGCUGAAGAAACUGGAGGAGCUGGGAAUUAAACUGACCUAUGAUAAAGAUCCUCUUAAAACACAAAGACCUGCUUUAGAGAAACAAACUGUGACUCUACUAACCUGCCUCAUAAAAAGUGCAUUUGUCGUGGAGAAUCAACCUUGUAUGCCUGUUCAGAGUAAGAUGCCUCUGGUGUUGAGAACAAGCUCACAGUUCUCUGUUAAGCCGCGACUUUUGGUGAAACUGCCAGACUUAGCAAAUCAUAUUAUGAAAGUGAAGGUUUGCAUUGAUAAGAAUUCACCAAAUGGGAAAGGGUAUCGCAAAUUCAAUAUACUUGGCACAACCACAAAGGCAAUGAACAUGAUGGAUUCCAGAUUCGGGGGCUUGUGUGCUGACUUCAGACAUUUGCAACUAAAGGAGCAGAAGUCUAUAAUUGGAGGAAAAGGAAGUAAUGAGGCUUCUCUCAUCGUGACUGAGGAGCUCCAUCUUAUUAGUUUUGAGACUGAGCUGCUUUACCAAGAGCUCGACCUCGUUCUUGAGGUCACUGAACUAAACAUGUAUGAAAUAUUAUCCCACGUUUUACAGGCAGUAGUUCUGAUUUCUCUUAUCAGGGGUUCUAUAGCAAUGGCUGAUCCACCAGUGGAUCUGGGAGAACUAUUUGAAAGGAAAAAGAAUUGCAGGGCUAUGAGGAAGAGUCAAGUGGGUUCUCAACCGAACUAUGCAGAUUGUUCCAUUACAUGGGCCAAGUUUUCCAAGGAGAAUUUACCAGAUCAGAGCUUUUCCUUCUGGCUCUGGCUGCAAGGCAUCCUAGAGCUCAUUAAGAAAUACCUGGAGGAUAUCUGGAAUGACGGGAACAUUAUUGGAUUUUUGAGCAAGAAGAAAGAACGCAGUUUGUUGAAAAGGAAGCCAACUGGGACUUUUCUGCUUCGCUUCAGUGAGAGCUGCAAGGAUGGUGGCAUUACUUUCUCAUGGGUGGAACAUUUACCAAAUGGGGAAUUCAAAAUCCGAUCAGUGGAACCAUACACCAAGACUCACCUGACUAACAUUCCUCUUUCGGAAAUCCUUCGCUUCUACAAAGUGAUGGCAGAUGAGAAUGUCCCUGAACACCCUCUGCUGUAUCUGUACCCAAAUAUUCCGAAGGAUGAGGCAUUUGGAAAAUAUUAUUUAGACUCUGAAGCAGGUUUUCAAAACAACAAAUACUUGAAAACCCGAUUAAUCGUGGUAUCAGAAAGACCAUCUUCUGAUUUACCCAUUGAAGGGAUAAUGGAUGAAUGUCAUCUGGAUGACAGCGAAUUAUCAGAAUCUAUGAAGUCGGACCAUAUUCCUAUGAAAGCUCUACAAGAUUUAAUGGAAUUUCUGGGGUCAGAUUCGAUGACUUAGAAUAAAUGGUGAAAUUACACAUGUGAGGGAUCUCCUCUUCCAACUACAAAGUAAAUUGCCAAUGCCAUAACUUCUAGGAUGUGGACUUCAUUCCAUCUUCAUAAUUCUGUACACUUCAUAGGAUUACCUUUUCAUAGUGUUUUUAAUUCUGAGAUUGAGCUGUCACUGUAAACAGCUAAACUGUUAUUUUGUUAAAAUGCAAUCUUGUGUGUACGUUUAAAAAUAACAAACCAAUGCUGAAGGAACAUGUAACAUUCUUUGAAAGAGUAUCAGUGAGCCAUCUCGUUUCCAUUCCAAUUUGUGUAUGAAAUUGAAGGAGAAAUGUAAGUGGUGUUUUCUAGAGCGGUGUAGUCCCAAUGAGUCUUGUUUUCUGCUUAUUUGAUCAGGAGAAAACACAUAUUAGUGUUGUGGUCCAUUCUGUCUGUCCCCAUGUUGGAGAUGGUGUAGCAUAUAAAUUCGUGUAAAACAUUCUUUUGCUGAGACAGGAAGAGGCCAGGCCACCACUGUUUUCUCCUUACCCCCAAACCUAUAACAACACUAACCUCACCAUUGUUGCUUCUCUUACCCCGCCUAUAUCAUUUAGUAGCCCCUGCAGGAUCACAAAUCAUCAAAUUGAUGAUUUACCUAAUGCUUCCUUCUGCUUUGUGAAAUAUUCUUGUAGCUGUAGAAUAUGUUUGAAACUAAGAAGUUUUAGGAUAUAGCAGAGAAAGUAACAUCCAAUAAGCCAGUCCUGCUUAAAGUCUUCAAUCUAAGAAAGCAUCUUGAAAGUGACUUACUUUGUUUAUCUUUAGUAUUUAGAUUUGCUUUAUUUUUCAUCCGUCUUGAAUAGGCUUAUUGUCUAACUGGGAGAAAUGGAUGGAACAUUUCUGUCCAGGAAUUUUAUGCUGUUUGAUAUUUUGAGAGACAGACAUCACAAGGGAGGACCUGGAUAGACAGUUUAGCUGUACUUUGACUUUUUGCCCUCUUUGCUGUUGAGUGAUGCAAGAAUUAGGAAAGCAAUCUUUCUUUUGUUCACCCAAAUGACUGUUGUGGAGUUCUUGAAUCCUGUUCUCGAAAUGAUCAGAAUUUCACAAAAAUAAUCCUGACUUGACCUAAAUGAGUGAGGGAGGAUUAUGUGCCAAAUUGUUUGAAAAGAAGUUGUGGACAUUAUUUAAGUAUAUAAACCAUCGUAUCAUAGAGCACAGAAAGAUGAUAUUUGGCCCAAUGUUCCUAUGUACAGCCUUGUUCAACUUCCCUUUACACAUCUGGUGUGUAUGCAUUUCAUGUGUGAGGAACAAAAUUGUCAUGUGUGACAGUUGCUGGUAUAGUUGAAUGUAAUAAUUGGGAUAUAUCGACAUUGAGCCAAGUGAAAUAUUCGUGAAGGUGCUUUUAUUAAAAAUAAAACAAAUUGGUUGCAUGGUGAGUGUUAGGGGAUCUUUCAUGGAAAAUCCCCUUGAGGCGCAGAAAAGGGAAAUUUUUAAGUCUUGUGCAGUACAACUGUUGCACAAUUUGUUUUCUGUUUAUAUAUGGCUACCAAAUAGCCAUUACAUCUUAACAUCCGUCAUUUGUGCAAUUCAUUCCUUUGUGCUGAUCUCCUGUACCUGUGCAUUUAUGCUCUUGCUUGCUCUCAUGUACAUUCUCACUGCUGUUGAACCCCUCUUCCAAGCUUUGACAAUGAUCCAAUUAACUUUUUACAUCUAUCCUGAGUAUAUAUCUGGUAUAGGAUUUGCGGUUAUCUUGAACAGUAUUUCAAAUCUAUAUGAUAAAAAGAUAACAAGAUACACAAAUGCCCCAGACAUUUGAUUUUUAUGAUGCUUAGACUACUGAGUAGAUUCUAAUUAUCAUCUGAACCUUAAUGUGUGUUUCAUUGUUAAGGUGAUUUAUUGACUGAUUCCUGGGGUGGCAGGACUGACUUUGAAGAGAGACUGGAUCAGUUAGGACUGUAUUCACUGGAGUUUAGAAGAAUGAGCGGGGGGAAUCUCCAUAGAAGCCUGUAAAAUUCUAGCUGGACUAGACAAGGUAGAUGCAGAAGGAUAUUCCCGAUGUUUGGUGGUGGGGGGGGUGUGGAAUCCAAAACCAGGGAUCACAGUCUAAUGUUAUGGAGUAUACCAUUUAAGGACUGAGAUGAAUAGAAAUGGCUUUACUCAGAGUUGAGGGAGGUGGGAGGGGUGAGUGGAGCCUGUGGAAUUCUGCCACAAAAAGUGCUCAAGUCCAAAACAUUGAAUGUUCCCAAGAAGGAGUUAGAUAUUAAUUCUUAAGGCUAAAGGGAUCAACGGGUAUGGGAAGAAAGCAGGAACGGGGAACUGAGUUGGAUGAUCUAUGUCUCUGGAGCACUCGUUAUCAUAAGCACAUUGUUUGAUGGAAGUCAGAAGUUCACUUGAAAUUUUGGUAGUAGUGAUUUUAGUGAGAAUUUCAAAGAUAUAAAUGAAGAUUAUUGGACCAGAAAUGAAAUAGUUGUUAUAAUGUUUCACACCCUGCAUAUUUUAUAGAAUGCAAGUUAAGGAACUAACUCCUCUGUUCCUCAGUGUAUGUUCUCCACACCAGGCUUGUCCAGCCUCCUUGCAUUCCCUAAAACUAAGACUAAUUUCUGGCCUUCUCUGCACCAAAUUAAUCCAGUGAAAUAUCUGAUAUUACCUUUACUUGCACAAGAAACCAGUGCCUACCCACUUGCUUACUGCAGCAAUGCUGAAUAUUCUACAGAUGCCUGUCUCCUACAAGUCAUUUCGCUUUUGUCCAUAUUUGCAGAUGAUGGACCACGUUUUGUUUUUAUUUUUAUUUCCUCAUUCAUGGGGACAAAUGUGCAAGCUUUAGGAAGGAAGAGAAAAUGUCAGAUAUUUGGAAAUUUAUCUUGCUAUUGAUUUUCAAGCCACCAUAUUUGAACCAACUGAAAAUUGGUCUACAAAUUUAUCACCUGCCUAACUCCAAAUUGAACACUAAUUCAAGAAGAUAUCUGGCAUUGUCUUUGCCUGCACAAGAAGUUAAUGUCUGCCCAUCCACUUCAUGUAGCAAUAUGGAGUGUUCCAGAUUGUUGCCUGUCUGUCAGAAGUGAUCUUGAUUUUUUGAUUUGAUGCUUUUCAUUCUUGAGAAAAUCUGUUGGCAGUGAGAUGUGCUGCCAACCAGUGUAAUGAAUUGGAGGGCGUGGUUCAAUAGAUUUGGGUAAGAUUUUGUGGGAACAUAAUGACUAAAAUUACCUAAAGGCACAUUCUACAACAGCUUUCUCCAGGUCAGUCAUUUCACAGGUUAAGCUUCAUGUGGAACAUGUUAUGGGUUUCAGCGGCAUCCAUUCCAAAUGGGUCUGCAAACUACUUCAGCUCAUCACUCUGCUCCCUGAAAUCGGCAAGUCUGUGCUGAACUUCUUCCAAGCUGCCAAUAAGUGCAGCCUAAUUCUCAUUCACUGGUGUUGUGAUUAAGGACGUUGUCUAUUUAUUCAAUGUUUCUGAAGCAAUCCUAACCUCUGAGGGAACAUUUGGGCAUGCUCAUACAGUUUGUUGAUAAACUGAUCCUUCCCUUUCAUUUCAAAUUCAAGACUGAAAGCAACUUGGUGUCAAUCAGGAAUUCCGUGUCAUUCAACCACUCAUCGGUUGGGAAGCUCACACCUUCUGCUUUGUUUGCUAUGAAGGUUUUUAUCUCCUCUUACAGUGCCCAGAAUCUGCACUUUGUUGAAAUGUCUUGCCUCAUUGUUGUGCCUCUCUUUGGACAUAGGUCAAACAGUUCCUCUGUCUUCCAAUGUUUUAUGACUACUCAAAUAAAGAUUACCUCCUGAACUGCAUCGAAUCUGCGGUGUCUUCAGGCUCUAAAUUGUUGGUUAGUGAAUUUAGCGAUCAGAGAACGUUGAAUGUUCGAUGCAAGGUUCUCUACUCUUCUAGCAAUAGUUUGAUGUGAAAGGCAAGUUUUCUCAGGGUGUGCCACAGAUGUAAAUACGUCCUGUCUAUUCAAAAUUCUCCCAUCAGACACAGGCUUCCCAAAUUAUAUUUUCUUAAUAUGCAAAGCAAUAGCAACUGGCUUUUGUUUACAAUUUCAUUUACAGUUCUAAAGAAUGAUUGUUGGUCGAUCAAUAUUGUGAUUUUUUUUUUUUGUUUGCUUGCUUGAUUCUCACCUGACUUUCGAGAUUGUACAAAACAUGCUGGCACGUCUGACAAUGAUACCACUUUAUGUUUUACACCUUUAAAAAAAAAACUAUCUCCUCCAGACACAACAUGGCCCUGUUGUAGUUAAGAACAAAAAAGAUAUUGAUCCACUGCCAUCAUUGUUAAUUAUCUUGCCAGAGACAAAGGGGGGUUAGUAUCUUUGUAUUCCCAUGUGUUAUGGGUAAUAAACAGAGAUAAUUUCCAAUCCUGUUGCAAGAAUGUUGUUUAACUGAAUUGCUCCUUCUGAAACCUAAGUGAAUAAGCCCAAGGAGAGAAGCUGCCUGCAAGGCUGAGGAGAGGUACAAUAUCGGAGUUUCUCGUACUUUUUGCUGCCACCAUAGCCAUAAACGGCCAGCUGAGCUGCAUUCUUGCUGCCUUUCUCUCCUGAUGGAGUUGAACCUGUUCCCCACCCCCAAAAUAGCAACCUUUCUCUGGCAGUGGCCACCCCUCUCAACUCUGCAGUCAAGUUCACCAGUGAGGCCCCUGCUUGUUCCUAUUGAACUUCUCCUGGUUUCACAGAGGCAUGGGGUCUCGGGUUUCUGUUUUCUCUUUUAUCCCCGUCGUCACCACCACCACUGCAAAAAUAAAACCCGCCUGCCCAAUGCUUCUCCUGUGUCAGGAAUGCAGUUUCAUGGGCUGCAACUUCUCAUGAGUCAGAGUUCUCCCUUUUGCUGUGCUACUCCCCUGUUUACUCACUGCACAACUCCAGUGCUAUGAAAAUUCAAAAUGCUCAUUUCUACAUACAGUUUCACUGCUUUUCUGCUCAUCCAGUCAGAGGCUCCGUAUCAUCAGCGUUUAAUUUCUGAUUGAGCCUAUUGGCAGGGAGAAAACCAGCUCUGACUGAUUGAGAAGCUUUCACAUUUCUCAAAAUCAAUGUUGGCCAAUCCCAUAACAGCCUGAGGACUGCCUGUUGACCAGGGCUGCUCUACACCAUGACACAGAGUCCAGAUAGGACAUGCACAGAAUAUUAGCUGGAUAAAACUGGUGCUUAAUCUUAAAACUUCAAGAUAUUAGGAGCUUGCUGUGGCACAGUGGGGAAACGGAUAUAUAAUUGCCAUAUCAGACAGUAGUAUACUGAAAUAUGUUUUUGAAGUUUGGUUUACUCUGUGGUUUGUAUUUUUACUCUUAGCUUUGCAUUUAUCUGCAAUAUAUGUUGUACAGGUCAAAGUGACAGUACCCAAGUAAACAUGGUAAUUCAGGCUCAUAGCAGAUGUAAAUUCCCAUCAUGGUUAAUAUUCUGUUAACCUUCCCUAACUAGUCUUUACAUGAAUCAUCUGGGAAGGAAUGGUGGGUGGAAUAACAUUCAGGACUGUUUUCCCCACCCCUCCCCCAAAAUACUGGAGAAUUAAUUGUUAGAACUGGAGUGAUUACAUCUGGUAUACUUUAAAACCACUACUGUGCAUGCAAGUUGUUGGGGUGGUGGUCGUGGGGGCUCUUGUGGUACAGUGGUAGUGUCCAAGCAACCCAGGUUCAAUUCCCUCCAGCUCCAGAGGUGUGUAUUAACAUCUUUUGAACAGGUUGAUGUAGAAAGUAUCUGUGUACAAAAUGUCUUUUAACAGUUUUCAGCAACCUGGAAGAAGCCUGGCUUUCUGCAGAUAUCUCUCAGCACCUCUUGGCAUGUAUGUGCUGUUAACUGACUGACUUAAGACCAAGCUCUAUCUACAUUUUACUCCCACAGGAACAAAAGUAAUGUCAUUAACUAUUUUAUGCCUUUCUUUUUGUCAAGUUUGUCAGUUCAGUUUAUCAUUGCUUCUGUAACUUUCAGUCUUUGAUCAAUAAAUAAUGUAAAACGA